UAUUGCUUCAGCUUUAAUGCAUAAAAGUAACACAACUAUAUUCAGAAAAAUCAAAGAAAAAUGCAUUAUGAGAGAGAUAAACAUUGCUAUAUGAACUGAGUAAAAAUAUAAUGAAUAAACUCAUUGCAAUAAGUGAUUAUAAGGGAAGAUUAACAAUUAAUUAAUUAAUUAAUUAAUUAAGAAUGUGUUCACGAGUGUGUCAGAGAUUUUAGGACACAGAGGUUUUCACUUCAAUGGGUAGAACAAUAAGGUGGUUCAAGAAUUUGUUUGGGAUAAAGAAAGAUAGAGAUAAUUCAAAUUCGAAUUUGAAUUCGAAUUCUUCCAGUACUAAAUGGAAUUCUCCUCUUGAAACUUUCUCCAAGAGAGAUUCAAGAGGUUUGUGUCAUAAUCCAGCUACUAUACCGCCUAACAUUUCACCUGCGGAAGCGGCUUGGGUUCAAUCCUUCUACUCAGAAUCCGAGAAGGAGCAAAACAAGCACGCCAUUGCUGUUGCAGCUGCCACUGCAGCAGCCGCAGAUGCUGCUGUGGCAGCUGCUCAAGCUGCCGUGGCUGUUGUUAGACUAACCAGCCACGGCAGAGAUACCAUGUUUGGUGGCGGACACCAGAAAUUCGCUGCUGUCAAGAUUCAAACCACAUUUAGAGGCUACUUGGCAAGAAAAGCACUAAGAGCUUUAAAGGGGUUGGUGAAGUUACAAGCACUGGUGAGAGGGUACUUAGUGAGGAAGCAAGCAACAGCAACACUUCACAGUAUGCAAGCUCUGAUUAGAGCUCAACAAACAGUGAGGUCUCAUAAAUCUCGUGGACUCGCAAUGAACACGAAGAAUGAAACACAUAACAGAUUUCAAACACAAGCAAGAAGAUCCAUGGAAAAGUACAAUCACAAUGAGAGUAAUAGGAAUGAGUACACAUCUUCAACUCCAAUCCACAGUAGAAGAUUAUCAUCUUCUUUUGAUGCUACUGUCAGCGGCAACAAUAACAGCAACAACAACAAUAACAAUUAUGAUAUUGAAAGUCCGAAAAUAGUGGAAAUUGAUACCGGGAGGCCAAAAUCAAGGUCGAGAAGAAGCAACACAUCAAUUUCUGAUUUUGGCGACGACCCGUCAUUUCAAGCACUUUCAUCUCCACAUCCAAUUAUCCCAUCUCAGUUAUUCAUUCCAAAUCAAAGGAGUUUCAUUGAAUCAGAUUGGGGAAUAACAGGGGAAGAAUGCAGAUUUUCAACCGCGCAAAGCACUCCGCGCUUCACAAGUUCGUGUAGUUGUGGAUUUGUUGCACCUUCUACACCUAAAACAAUUUGUGGAGACAGUUUCUACAUUGGUGAAUAUGGUAAUUAUCCUAACUACAUGGCUAAUACACAGUCUUUUAAGGCUAAAUUGAGGUCUCAUAGUGCUCCAAAGCAACGACCCGAACCGGUUCCUAAGAAGAGGCUUACAUUGAAUGAACUCAUGGAAUCUAGAAACAGUUUGAGUGGAGUUAGAAUGCAAAGAUCUUGUUCACAGAUUCAGGAUGCUAUCAAUUUUAAGAAUGCUGUUAUGAGUAAGUUAGACAAAUCCACUGAUUUCGAUAGAAACUACUCCAAUCAAAGGAGGUGGUGAUCAAUACAUCAGCGUCAGGUCAGAUCGUGUCUGGUGUCUGUGUCAAUCUCUGCCUAGGAUGUUCCAUCAAGAAAGAAUUUAAGGAUUAUAAAAGUGAUGAUAAACUAGAAGGUCUUUAUUGUAACUUGCAAAAAGUUUAUGCUUCUUGUAUUUGUUUAGUGUAGUUAAACUUGUUUUAUUUGAGUUGAAAGAAAAUGUUUACUCUAAAAAGUGAAGCAGCAUCAAUGUUAUAAUGUCUUACAGCAA